UCAAAUCCCUGCGAGGGGUACAAAAACCUCCAGAAACUCAAGGUCAUCGACUUUCCUAGGAAUCCCCGCAGAGCUCCGGAACGAAAAUCAUGGCCUCGUUCUCGGACAAAAAUUCGUGCAUGUAGAAACGUAUUGCGAGGCAUGCUCCGAUUCGGAAUAUAACCGCGGUAACGUUAGAUACAAAUACUGGCACCAUGCGUGGAAGAUGAAUAUGAGGCUAAAGCUCAAGCGGCGUGGAUGCGUGACACGACCAUGGACAAGGCGUUUUGGAUGAAUAGCAUGAGCGAGACCGAUACUAAGAUUUUCAAGGACAAGAUCCAAAACCCUCAAGUUCGUCACCAGGAGUGUUGGAGAGAUGCUUCUAAGGAUCUGGGGCUAGAUAAUCCUCUAUUCCAUGCAUGCCGACAGACCUACGAAGAGACACAGUCGCUGCCAUACAAAUCCUACACGUUCUCGUUUAGGCUUGCGACGUCGCUGGAAAGGUGGCUCACAGAACUCUCGUCAUGGCAGCGAAUGGACAUCAGGAAACUUCACAUGGAAUGGGCCGCUGAACACGCAGAGAAUUAUUCAACGGGGACAUAUGAUUGGGACCGUGUCGGGAGCUCUCAGGUGACGGAGUGUCUCUCCAGAUGCACCACUCUUCACUUGUCACUCGAACUUCACGCCUUUUUGCCUGGCACUGUUAGUCCCGAACACUUCGAUAACCUUUUCAAACUACGAGCACUGGCUUUGAAAGAAGUCACCAUAAUUAUCAAGCCCAUCUUUCGCCCUAAAUACUACGCCCUUCGAGAUACGCGAGACGGCACUCGCUGGCAGAGUUGUUCUCAGCCUGAAUUGAUUAUGGAUCUUUUCUCGAACAGGAUGGUCCCAAUAAGCAAGUACCAACGACUUGCUCUACUAGACAUUGCGCUUCUUGAUGAGGACAGAGAGCAACUCAUGACACUCCAUGAUACACAGUUCCUUAUCGAAAUCGUAAGGGCCUCUGAUAAUGUAAUAGAGCAUCUUGGUGUUCAAGGAAUGAAAGAUCUGGCCACACUCAUGUCUAAAAACUUGCUCUCAAACUGGUGAUUGAGCUAAACGUUAUCGCAGAAUUCGAUCUAAGACGUCGAAGUAAUAGCGGUCGAGUAGUCGAUGUUCUUCUAGUCUAGAGAAGGUCAUCGCUUAGUAGGAAGUUGAACUUAGUAGGAAGUUGAAGAUACAAACAAAGGUGGUAGAUGAUCAUUCCAAGACAAAUCGCAUCACGAUGGAACACCAACCCUCUAAGGAAUGAAUUCCCAUCAUCUUACAUGAACAUGUUCUAUACUUACCUCACCUCUACAUUUCCAUCUACACCUCAUGCAAUCUCACUCGGUCCCCUCAUUUCUUCCCCACGCCCAAGAAAUACCCUCUCAAUGG